UGUAUAUUGUUUACACAAGAAUGUUGAUGUGUUAAUAGUGAUAAUUCUUGUGCCUUAUUAAUUUAUUUUAGGUGAUUUACAGAAAUAUUUUAGUGUUGUCCCAACGAAACAAUCAUGGAAGGUAUCUAUAAAAUCAAUUUGGUGCCCUCCGAUUUGAGUACGGAAGAAACUAUACUACAGAUCGCAGACACCCUCGACAACCUUAACGGUGUCAUCGACGACGUAUUCGCUCGACUCAUGGGUAGAAUCAAGCAGAACAUUGACAAGACCAACAAACUCACGGAUAGAAUUGAGAUUUCAAGGAAAAAAGUUGAAACACUGACUGGGAUGCAAAAGGCGAUCAAAGUGUUCUCUAGUGCGAAAUAUCCGGCAUCGAUCGUCCACGAACAUUACAAAUCUGUCUUAGAUCUAGAUGCUUAUCAGCAUAAACCUCAAAAGGUAACCUUGAGUGGGAAGACUCAGGGCCAGCCUAAUGACAAGGGAAUACAGGAAAAACUUCACUUUUACCACGUCAAAGUGGCCGCACCAAAGAACACCAAGCCUAAGCCAGACUUUGAACUUAAGGCUGUUAUAGAUGACAUUACCACCGUAGGAGAGUUGCUGGUGUUCAAUAGCGGGGAGAGCCCGUACUUGGGUACUCCAGACAAAGCCCCCGCAUACGUCCCGAAAGUUCCAGACGUUGAGAACAGGAGCUUACUGGAAGACGCGCCGUCAUCUAUCAUGAAGAGGGACGUGCUGAAGAGAGAAGUCGACGAAUACAUGUACGCUCCCGGCAUGGGGAUGGUGCCAGAGUUGGAGAUGCCAUUGGACUUGCCGCACCUUCCGGGCAUCGCAGGGGACGUCCAGUUCUCGAUCACGACCGACGGGUCGAUUGCUCCGUCGGUCGUUACGUCACCGGUCGCUCCGGUGGUUGCGUUACCGGAGUCGGAACUCCCGGACUUCAAGGAGUUGCCGGACGUGAAGUUGCCGGACGCGCCUCUGCCUGCUGUGCCGGACAUGCCGGACGCUCCGCCCCCGGAGCCGCCGGCGGCUAAGGCUAUGCCACCGCCGCCCCCGCCGCCGCCGCCGCCGCCGCCACCGCCUCCAGUACCGGAGGCAGCCCAACCACCUGAUACUAAACGUGAAGAGAAGGCGCCUUCUAGCGCCGCUUCUGCUCCGGCGGGCGACGCGCAUGCGAACCUGAUGGAAGCAAUCAGGAAGGCCGGGGGCGCGGGCCGGGCCAAGCUGCGGCCCGCGGCUGACACCACGCCAGAUAAGGGCACCAAAGCGGCUCCGACCGGCGACCUGAUGGCGGACCUUCACGCCAAGCUGUCGAUGCGCCGGCGCGGCAUCUCGGGCGCCGAGCGCGGCGGCUCCGUGCUUCACACGCUCGCGAGCAUCAUCCCCGAGCCGGCCGAGUCCUCGCCAGCGCAUUCGUCCAGCGAGAGCGACUGGGAGUAGCGUCACUGCACUGGUAACAAUUACCUGAAAGCUAGCGGUAGAUCAGCGUUACACCCGAGCCAGAAAAUCAGCGAACGUUCCUUAUGCGAGAAUGACUGGGAGUACCAUCACGUCUAUACUGACCGGGUAACAUCCAUGUGACCUGAAAGCUAGCGGUAGAUCAGCGUAACGCCCGAGCCAGAAAACCAGCCAACAUUCCAUAAACGAGAGCGAUUGAGACAAGCUAUACCUCUUCACUGGCCGCGUAUGAACGAGCAUCUAUGAGACCUGCAAGAUAGCGAUCAGCUUUCUGCCCUGGCCAGAAAAGCAAUUGCCGCAACAUUCCUCAAGCCGCAGCGACUGGGAGUAACAAUAGUUUUUUAAACGUCGCGUACUGAACUCGGUGUUACCAUCUUUGGAUCCUAAUCUAGCGUUCACAUCAGUAAAAUAGCAAUUUGAAAGUUUUGGUAAAUCUAAUGUUUCUUCAACUUGGUAGAUGCGAUAACACCUUUUUGUGCGCCGAUUUUAUAUUCCACUGAAUUUUUCAUUGAUACGAAUAUAUUGAAUGUUGAAUACAUGAAUAUCGGCAUUCGGUAUGCACUAAAAAGUUGUUUGUAAGUCUAAAAUAAUAGUUUUCUAUGAGCUGUACUCUGUACACGUGUGCUGCGACAUACGUUGUAAUCUCAACAUAAUCAACUGUGAACAUCGCUUCAAUGUGUACUAACUACGUGUGUCCUCAGUAAAUUCACGCGAUAUCGCAUUGAUCUGCUUGAUGAGUGGGAGUGAGUGAUUUAACGUUGUGAAUGACGCCUGAAUAGAUCUGGCUUAGCGCAGUAGUUCAGGGCUUCAGGCUAAUUGUGUCCCAGGGUGACGCAAAAAAGAACUUAAUGACUACAUAAACUGCAUUCCAAGCGGUUUACUAAUCAAAAUCGUUAAGUCAAUCUUUAAAUGUGAGUAAUGAGAUUUCCCUAACUUGGACUUAGUUAUCUUGCAUGUUUCACGAAUUUUUUUCUUAAAAAAAUCCCCGACCACAAAUUCUGUACUGGGUUAUUUGCUCGUGGGAAAUAUUUGUCAAUGUUAAUUAAAUAAGUGUUCAUUGGAAACACUAGAUAAUUUUCCAAUAUUCAGCUCCAUAAAUAGGUACCCAUCAAUGAUAUCAUUUGGAUAAUCGCGGGACAACACGCGCACUAAAUGUAACUAUGAUCUCCAAAUGUAACCCUUCUGUAGGUUGAGUGAAGCUGUUAACUCGAACAGCUCUUAGUGUGUACACACGCCUUAGAUUUUUACUCGAAGUAUACAAUCGUGGAUCGGAAAAGGGCUCUCGUUCCGGGAGGUUAUUACGAUAAUCGCAUUUCCCACUAGUGGCUAUCUCGCUUUCGUUUCCGAGAAGGUGCGCGGGCGCAGCGCACCUUCCCCGCAAACUAUCAACUGGUUCGGCUAAUCACCCGAUUUCCAGAACCGAGAAACAGAUAGAGAAGCGCAUAAUAGCCGCGGCCCACUUACGCGGAAGUCGCUAAUUCUACGACAAUUUCGACGCAUAAUCAGUUUAUCAUUAUGGCCACUUAUGUUUUUCGGUUCAAGGGCCCACCGUAAUUUGUGUAAUGACGCCUCACCUAUGAGUCGGUUCGACGAAUUUUGUAAUGUAGAUCUGAGUAGAGGCGAGGGGACCAGGUAUAUUUACGACCGGCGCCUAUUUCCGGAUACCUGUCGUUUUAUUCUUGUAAACACUUAAACCUUUGAUUACAAAACUAUGCAGGGAUCAAGUAAAACUCCUAGGUAUGGUAGCAGAAAGGAUAGGGGAAGUAGAUAGAUAUUUGGAUAGAGAUUCUAUAGAGUGUUAAGAAGACCAUGUGAUGUGCGUGCCUAAGUAUGUUGGGGGUGCUAAUAUACAAUACUUAGAAUGCUCAUUUUUCAUUUCUUUUUUUUAAUAUGCUCUUUCUAUUUAGUACGAAUGUGAUAAGGUUUAAAAAGGUUAAGAGUUAAAUCGACAACGAGUUAUCAAAUAUUUGCGUAAUUAAAUUUUAUAAUGCACUUUUAUUAUCGUGUUACAGCAUAGCUAAUUAAUUCCCAACUAAAUAAAUUUACAUAAUUAAUGCUUUCCGCGGUGUGAGUCACACUUGAGGUCGUGCGUUGAAAUGAAAUUUUGCGAAUGGUAGGCCGACUCGGCCACACAGGCUGCGCUGUCAAAGGCUCGUCAAACCAAACAAUAGAUAUUCUCAGUAGCGUCGGCCGCGGCAGACUCCCAGUCGACAGAACUGUCACCGGUCUGGGCCGGCGAAAUGUAGUCACGCACAACGAAAACAAUCGAUUUGCAUGCCUAAUUUCAAUUCAAUGGAAGAUAGAAAUAUAAAAUAGUUAUCGUAAGACAAAAUUGAAUAAUAAAAAUAUGUGAAUAUCUACCUAGAUAUUCGGCCCUUAUGUUGCUAAGUUACAACAACACAAUGUCUAAUCCAAAGAUCAAUAAAUUAACGAUCGAGCUUCCUAAUUAAUUGAUAACAUCAUGCAAGUGAAGCAAUAACAGCCCGUAACUUUACGUAAGAGCAUGAUGAAUGUUUGCUCCGGUCGUGCUAGAAACUAGUUAGUGCUGGUAGAUACCAACAUCUAAUGUAAAGCCGACGGCUGAAUACGUUAAUGCAGCGUGAUAAAAUGUAAUGUAGAGUUUACAACAAUUUGAAGUAAAUGUCCAUCCAUGCUUUUGCAUGCGCAUUGCGUGCUUAAAGCGGCAGGGUUUACAGCGUUCCAAAUAUCACUCUAGUGGGUGUAACGUGACAAGGGUUUCGUAUGGGCACAUUAGGUAAAUCGUCCGCGGUACCUUCUUUAUUUCGGUCACAUUUGUAUGCCGCAUGACGGGCCCAUCCGCAUACAGUUAAGUUCCGAUGAAAAUAGCUGUGGCUUCGCUUUGCAUUACACUCGGCCGGGAUAAUACCAGCUAACAAUUGUUUAAUCAUGUACAGGUUUAUUCACAUUUUAGGAACUAAGCUGUAAAUAACGUUGACUGUACGGUUUUGUACGUUGUUGUGUCUGAUGAUGUAACGUUGUUUCUUAGAUUGACAUUUUCAUCACCUAGAAUUUGACUCUAAAAGGGUUGUUAAGAGGUAUAACCAAGUUAUAGAUCGAAGGAAUACUAAUAUAGCUUACAUAAGUCUCGAAUGAUGUUAAAUCAAUACACAAUGCUAGAUAGUAUAAUUACAUAUUUUUAAAAUAUUUCAUUAUUACACAUCGUAAAUGUUCGCUAUUAAUAAAUGAAAAAUUACUAAGUAAUGAUCGGCCUAAUGUUUCCUAGUUUGCCCAGUUGUAAUUAUAUUUUGCCAUUGUUGUUAACGAGUAAGUUUCCAGUAAUAUAUUAGUGAGUAAAUAAUAUUAAGUAAUGUGAAUGUUUUUCAUAACCUUUAAGGCCUUUGUUAAGUAUAGGUGGAUAAUGCAUCGUCAUAGUUUCCGAUAAUAGCCCUUCGUGAAUGUUCUGCUUGACUUUUUUCAAUAAUCUUCUCCGUAAGUGAGAUUAGUUCCGCUCCGGUCGCGGGGGCCGCGUCCGCAGCUAGAAGCCGGGUCUUGCCUACGACGAAUUCGGACCUCCCUUAUUUGUAUCGUUUUCGACAUUACGGAUUUCUCGUGAUUCAGUUUUCCGAGUAGGUACCUACACAAACAGUUUUUAUUCCGAGUAACCGACAGGUUGACCUUUGGUUCUGAGAACGUGAAAUAUUUUGAUUAACGAUAUAAGUGUUAUUGCAUGUCACACGAUAAAAUCGCCCUCCAUGCUAGUGUGAAUCGGAUGAAUGAUUUAGCAAGUAUUUAAUUUGUAUUUCGUGCGUUAAUGACGAGUGUUUAUGGGAGUAGUAUAGUUUUACGAGGGUAGUUAAUGACACGCAGGUGCUAUCGGUCAGGGAUCGCUGGAGUAGGCGGCCGACGCCUUGCAGCGCUUACGGUUACGCCGGAGAUUAGCUCAGCCUAUUGCAGCUGUCGCUUAUGGGUAUUUUGUAACGCCAUUGUUUUUAGCUUAAUAUUUUUAAAGUUAAGUUUAACGUUGACAAUAGACUAUUUUAUAUGAUUGGAACAAAUCGGGACGUGAACUAGCUGUAAGUUGGAUUUAAAUCAUUUUUAUCGGCUAAUGAAAUUACAACUGUUGAUAUUAUAAUUGAUUCGUUAUCAAAUUAUGUAUAUACAAUAGAGGUAUUUUAACAUAGUUAUUGUAUUGUAUAUUUUAGGGUGUAGCUACUUUUAUAUUGUAGUAUUAAAAUACUUGCCUUUUAUAGUGUUACUUUAAGUUUUGACUGAUUGCUUUAUGAUCUAUUGUGUUAUGACUUAUGAUUGUAACAUGUAUAAUUAUAUUUACACUCCAUGCAUUUUUAUGUUAAUGCGAACAUUUUUAACACUAAUUAGGUACAACAAAUAAUAGUCAACAACUGUCUUAAAUAUUUAAGAUGGAUUAGUGUUUAGCCGAUGACCUGUUUAUUCGUAAGUGUCGAUAUUUAUUCACAGCAAUUAUUGUACGAGCUCCUAAUAGUUAUAGAAUAUUUAUAGUUUAUAAUGUUUCUCACUAAUUGAAUUUGGAUAAUUACGCUAAUCCGUCUGAUAGUUAUAAAGACUUGUCUUGUACAUAUUUGAUGUAUUUAGCGCAGCCGAGGUGCGGAGCCGCGGCCCGCGCAUGCCGUAUGCUCGGCACGAAUUUUAAAUGUUACUGUGUAUGGUAUGUCACUAAUUAAAUGGAAUUUAAACAUU